ACCCGAGCUCCGCUCACCACCAACCAGCCGGAGGGUGCUCAGCCCGCCAGUGACGGGCCUCUCCCAGGCAUGCCUCCCAUACGAGAUUUGGUCAGCCACUCCCCUAACCAGACAGAUUUGAAUCAGACAAGUCUGAUUUCUCAUUAUGAAAAUACCCACUGGAAUUCUGGUUCAUCUAGCAGUGACUCAAACUCUGCUUGGGACAAAGUUGUUGUAGAAGGCUGCAGCAAGGAAACCUGGCCUUCUGUCAAUACCAGUGACCCAGAGCUAACAACAGAAUGUAUGGACGCUGACUCUUCCUCAAGCUCUGGGUCAGAAAAUAACUUUAACGUAAUGGCUUCUGGGAACGGUGGUGGCGACAGCAAUGGUAAUAGACAAGAAAAUGGACAUGGUUCUCAAUUUAUGGUUGCAAAUGGCAGCAAUACUGUAGACAAUGGGAGUAUUAAGGGACCGUGGGGUAUAUCCCAUGGCUCAAUGCUAAGCACAUGUCAGAGCUCUGGGGAAAGCUCAAAUGGCAUAUUAACCGAAAGUAGCCAUGGUAAAUUAAAUGCAUGGGGUACCCUAGGUUCCUCAACCAAUGGAGGUAUAAAUCCAAGCACUUUGAACCCAAAUGCCAACCAUGGUGCCUGGCCUGUUUUGGAAAACAGUGGGCAUAAUCAGCAUGGGCCUGUGGGAAAUGGGAAUAGUGGCACCAGUAUUCAGCGUAGCACCAUAGGUCAAACGCCCACCAGUCAGAGUAUUAACUCUAAGAUGGGCCUGUCCGCCCAUACACCCUGGGGUAACCUCCAGGAUAACAAUGCAGAAUCUGACAUCAAUGGUACAAGUAAGGUUUCAUUUAACAGGCAACCUCAAAACCUUAACACUGAAUUGAAUGGACCAAAUAACACUACUAACAUGAUGACCUCUAGUUUACCAAACUCUACUGGUUCAAUGCAGAUUAAUGAACUGCCCGUAGGGCAUCAAGCCUGGCAAAUGGCCACAGGAAGCUCAUCUCAACUCCAAGCAUCUUUGGUUUCUAAUGGCACUUCAAAUUCUCAGCAUGGCAACAGCGAGGGAAUGAACAGUGGGUCCUGUGGUACAUCUUGGGGAACUCUACGAGACCCCAGUUAUUCCGGAGACAGUUGUCCUGUCCAAAAAGGCCAAGCUGUGGGUGACACUGUGAAUGCAACUCUAAUGCAGCCUGGGGUGAAUGGGUCAGCCGCAAGCGCUGCUUCGUUUAACAAUAAUAAUAAUGGAAGAGGGAGCCGUCUUGGAGGGUGGGACUCCUGCUCUACAACCUCCAGUACAUUGAGCUGGGGAGGAGGGAAUGGUGUCAGUCCCACUGGGAUUCCCCGGCCCUGGGGGAGUGCAUCAUCGACUUCAUCAUCAUCGUCGUCCUCUUCUAAUGCAGGCACGAAGGUCUCCAACGGAGAGUGGAACACUCUGCCUACCAACAAUCAGCAUUCCAAUGAUGCCAUGAAUGGGAGCAGGAAGGGAACAAAUGGUUGGAUGUCUCUUGAGGAUGACACGCUCGGUGAAAGUGGUGCCAGACCAGCAACCCAAAUCAACAAUCAAGUAUGCUCCUGGGUUAAAUCCACUGGCAGUGAAGGUAGCGCUGAGAGCACCGGAAGCCGUGGGGAUAGAGACGUACAACGUAGCAGUAGUCGCAGGAAACCAAACACGCAUGGUUUGGUACAAACUGUGCUCUCCAGGACUGACCUAGAUCCUCGGGUCCUGUCCAACACUGGCUGGGGCCAGACACCAGUAAGGCAGAACACCACCUGGGACAAUGUGGCCUCCUCCAACUCUGACAAAAAGCCUGACAAUGGAACAGAGGCUUGGGGCAGCUUAAGCUCCCAGACAUCUAAUUCUGGAGGAUGGGGUGAUGUGUCCAGCACUAAUAACAGCAAUGCUUCUUCUGGAUGGGGAGAUUCCAAAGACAAGAGUGGACAAGAAGGUUGGGAGGACAGUUCUGCAGUUGGAAAAGCCAAUUCUUCAUGGGGUGGCAGCAAGGAAGACAAGUCCUUGUCUUGGAAUGAUGCACAAAAGGUCAAGCAGGGAUGGAUGGAAGGACAGAAGUCCAACCAAGGUUGGGGUGCCCCUUCUAGUGGUGAUGGAUGGGGCGGAGAUGUCCCACGAGGAAACAGCUGGGGUGAAUCUGCAAAGUCAGGCUCUGGUGGCUGUGAUAGUGAUAGUGACCGUUCAGGGUCAGCCUGGAGUGAGCAAGGCAGGGGUGGCUCAAACAACUCUUGGAGUGGUGGGGGGAGUCUUCCCAGCAGUGAUGUCCCAUCUGGCUGGGGUGAGACUGCCAAGCCAAAUCAUCAGAAGCAAAGCUGGGGAGAGCCCAACAAGAUCAACAAUCAAGGCUGGGGAGAACCCCCAAAACCCAGUCACUCUGGUCCUUCAUGGGGUGACUCUACCAAACCCUGCACCUCCACAGACUGGAGCAAGUCACAGGACUCUAAUACGGGACAGACUUCCUGGGGGGUCUCUGGCUCAAACAAGCCCUCUGGGUGGCUGGGGGGACCAAUGCCGGCAGCCCAAAAAGAAGAAGCUACAGGCUGGGAAGAACCCUCACCCGAAUCUAUUAGGCGUAAGAUGGAAAUUGAUGAUGGAACCUCAGCAUGGGGAGACCCUAACAGCUACAGUAGUGUGAACAUGUGGAAUAAGAAUAGUGGCACCGAGCAGGAAGGGGUUGUGACACCACAGCAGCAGCCACCACCUCAACCGCAUCUUCCACCUCCAAAUUCCAUGACUAGCAAGGAGAAGACAGGGUGGGGAGAGUCGUAUGGAUCAGUGCAGAAACCAGAGUCGUCAUGGGGUGAGCCAUCAGGUCCCCCAGUCUCAGUUGAUAAUGGUACUUCAGCUUGGGGAAAACCCAUGGAUACAGGGGCAAGCUGGGAGGAGCCAAGCAGACAGACUUCGGGUACAUUGAACUGGGGAGGCACGUCAGGGGGACAGCCGCCGCAGCACACAUCUGGACCCAAACCUAUGCAAGACAAUUGGUGUGGUGAAGAAAUGUCUAUGACAGGAACGCGCCAUUCAAACUGGGAAGAGGAGGGGGAAGUUGAGAUUGGGAUGUGGAACAACAACCCCACCCAAGAGAGCAACCCACCUGGGAACUGGUCAUACAUGAAGAAGAUGCCAUCAAAGGCCAACAAAGCAGUUAACAAGCAAGAUGAUGCAUGGAUGAAUCAGAUAGUCAAGCAAUUCAACAACAUGAAUUUCCCUAGGGAUUCUGAGGAAAUCUUAAAGAGCAAUAAAGUGGAGCUACCUGGAGGGAUGCUGGACAAGCGCAUUGAUGUGGAAAAGCACAUUUUGAAUAUGGGAGAGUACAGUGGUGUGAUUGGAAAGAGCCCUGCAUCACGGCAUCAGAUCCCCAAAGAGUCUUCCAUGGACCGAAGUCCCUAUUUUGAUAAGAAUGUUAACCCGAUGUUCAAUGGCAGUAAUGCAGCAGCACAAGUUAGGAGUGCACAGCAGCCUCCAGCACAACCUCUGAACUCAUCUCAGCCUAACCUUCGCUCUCAAGUGCCUCCGCCAUUGCUUUCCCCUCAGGUUCCAACAUCAUUGUUGAAGUAUCCACCCAACAAUGGGGGUCUGAGUCCUUUGCUUGGUCCACAGCAAGUUGCGAUGUUGAACCAGCUCUCCCAGUUGAACCAGCUUUCUCAGCUUUCACAGUUGCAGCGUCUCCUCCUCCAGCAGCAGAAAGUACAGAACCAGAGGAACAUGCCUAUCAAUGGCCGUCAGCAGCAUGACCAGCUGGGCCGACCGAUGGGCCCAAUCCAGCAAAUGAUGCAGCCAUCUCGUCCCCUGGAUCCUUCCCUGAUGAAGCAGCAGCCUUCCCCGCAACCUCCACCUCUGCACCAGUCAGGCCUCAAGUCAUACCUGGAGAACCUCAUGCCCCAAAACACUCCUGAGCUGCAGAAAGACCAGAGUGCACUCAGUUCAUUUAGUAACUUCCCUUUAGGUGGGUUGCUUCCUCAUCCUCACACAGGGCCAACUGAGUCCCUGUUGCGCCAAUCUUCGAAGCACCCUGUGGCAUCUGCCACAGACAUUUCAGCCGGUAGUCACAGUCAGAGCUUCCUUAAUGGCCCCAUGAGCAACGGCCACACAGCACCAGGCUCAUUCCUUCACCCCCAAGCAGGAAGGACGUUUGGCAGCCAUGAUACUGACUCUGUAUCCACAAGAGGUUUGAAUUCAAACUUGAAUGUAAACAAUUUGGAUAUUGUCAGUAUUAACUACAAAGAACCCCAGUCUCGGCUGAAGAAAUGGACUGCCUUGGAUAUUUCAGUUAACACGCCGCUAGAUCAAAACUCCAGCAAACCUGGUGCUAUUUCUUCUGGCCUGAGGCUUGAAGAGUCCCCCUUUGGCCCGUAUGACUUCAUGAAUACCAGUGAAUCUCCUGUCAGCCCACCGGGGUCUGUGGGAGAUGGCUGGCCUGGCCGUGCCAAAUCACCUCAUGGUUCCAACAAUGUCAAUUGGCCGCCAGAAUUUCGACCUGGUGAGCCCUGGAAAGGAUACCCAAACAUUGACCCUGAAACUGACCCCUAUGUCACUCCUGGCAGUGUGAUUAAUAAUCUGUCCAUUAAUACUGUCAGGGAUGUUGAUCACCUCAGGGACAGGAACAAUGGGUCAACCUCAUCUCUGAACACCACGCUGCCUUCAACUAGUGCCUGGUCAUCCAUUCGUGCCUCCAACUACAAUGGUUCCCUCAACAGUACAGCACAAAGCACUUCAGCCAGAAACAGUGACUCUAAAAACACAUGGUCUCCUGGUACUGUCACCAACACCUCCUUGGCCCACGAGCUGUGGAAGGUUCCUCUGCCACCAAAAGGCAUCACCACUCCGUCCCGUCCACCGCCUGGCUUGACGGGCCAAAAGCCCCCCUCGUCCUGGGACAACCCGCUGAGGGUGGGCGGCUGGGGGGGCUCCGAUUCCAGGUUCACCCCUGGUUCCAGCUGGGGUGACAACAGCUCAGGGAGAACAACUAAUUGGCUUGUUCUCAAAAAUCUCACACCUCAGAUUGAUGGCUCCACCCUGCGAACACUGUGCAUGCAGCAUGGUCCACUGAUAACAUUCCACUUGAAUCUGCCCCAUGGCAACGCUGUCGUCUGCUACAGUUCAAAGGAGGAGGCAGUGAAGGCACAAAAAUCUCUGCACAUGUGCGUUUUAGGGAACACUACUAUUCUUGCUGAGUUUGCUAGUGAAGAGGAAAUUAGCCGUUUCUUUGCACAAGGUCAGUCCAUGGCUGCCUCACCUGGCUGGCAGACCCUGGGCACUUCUCAGAAUCGGAUCGCAUCCAUGGAGGGUUCUCACCCUUUCCCAAACCGCAAUGAUCCAAAUCACUGGAACGGUGCUGGACUGACGGGGGCUACCAGUGGAGACCUCCAUGGCACUUCCCUCUGGGGUGCCCCUAACUAUUCCACUAGCCUGUGGGGGAACCCCAGUGGCAGCGAGGGCCGGGGAAUCAGCAGCCCAUCCCCUAUCACCUCCUUCCUGCCUGUCGACCACUUGGCUGGCGGUGGGGAUAACAUAUAGAACACCUUUCACCUUCUGACUUAGAGACUGUGACCUCAGUGUGGAAUACUUAUAAUUAUAAUAAUAAUAAUAAUAACAACUAGAGAGCAAAUGGCACUAGUUACUUUUUCCCCACAUAUGAAACAAAGAGGGGGUCACCCUGUGGAAACAAGUUACCUUUUCCGCACAUUUUUCCACUUUUAUUUUAGCCCAAAACAUAUCAGCUCCAAUACUUGAAUCAUGCAGGCCAAUAUUAUAAUGUGAAAGGAUAUAUUUACACUUCCAGGUAGUGCUCUUCAUAUGGAGAAAAAUGUUUCAAAUGAACUCAUUUUGUUUUCAUCAUGUUCUUUUGAAUUCCGUGUUUUUUUUUUUUUUCUUUUAAUUUGCAUUUGUUUGCUGACAAUGUUGGAGUACGAGCUUUUAACUUUGCACUGAAUGUCGUUUUUCUCAGUAUAAUCUGCAAUAUCGAGGGAGCCGACAGUUCCAGUGUAGUUGUUUACUCAAGGAUGUUCUUAAAGUGUGCGCUCUACUAUGCCUUGAUGUACGCAUACCUUAUUGUGGUAUUGUGGAGUUAAAGAUCAAGUUAUAAAUGCUGACUUAGGAUUAUUUGACAAUAUUAAAAAGUAUUGCACCAGUUGUGUUUAAAACUAAAGAAUUUAGCUCUGCAGUGUAAAGUACAUGAAUAAGAUUAAACUGUAGCCACAGCUGUGACUUGCAAGCCUGACCUGCAAGCCAGGGGGGGAACAGCACUUUCAAAUAGGCUUUCAAUUUUGUUUGGAGGUGUCACGUUGUGCCCUCUUGUUUACAGACUUUUUGAGGAAAAGUGUUUACUCUUUCAUUUUAAAAGAAAAUUAUAAAAAUUCCAAAAAAAAGCAUAAAAACAAGAAAAAGGUUUUUAAAAAAUUUUAAAAAUGAUGAAAAGGAAAAAAAAUAUAUAUAUUGAGGAUGAAGACGAAGCUUUCUAUCUCUGGGAAUACUGAUCAGUGUUUGGCCAUGUUUGUUUCUUCUUUUUUUUUUUUUUUUUUUUUUUUUUUUUUUUUUUUGUUUCGUUUCAUUUUGUUUUAAAUCGAUUCCUCUCGUCUGCUAAAUAACAAGCAUGGUUCUCAGGAAAUUUAUCCAGUUUCCCCAAGUACAAAGUCCUUGUAGAAGAAUCCAACUUUUAGCACUGAAACUACUUAUAGCUCUGUAAGUUUUUCUCUGCCAAAUAACUGCUAUAAGCUGGAGAUGUUCUACAUAUUGCUUUCAAAAUGCUGUGUUUUUAUUAGCGAGUGGAGAUGGUUUGCUGAAUUGCAACAUUCUCAUUUUCUUCCCUUUAUUCUCAUUAGCGAGUGGCUCAAUGUGUUUCGCUCUGUGACUGUCAAACCUAAUUGUUGUACUUAAAAAAUGAGAAAAGACAGAAAUCCGUAACUAUGCAUACUGUAACCAGGUACAUGGCUUACAGAAUCACUUUCUUUUGUUUAUAAGAAAUGUUUUAAAUGUGUGAUUGCGAAUGUUAUUUGCAAAACUUUUUCUUUGCCACAACGGUGUUCUACAAAAAAGGAAGGAAAAAAAA